AUGGGUACACAACUCCACUUGAGCUCAGCCUAUUAUCUUCAGUCAAAUGGGCAAACUGAGAGGUCAAAUCAAUGUGUAGAGAUUUACUUAAGGAUGACUCCUUUUGAAGCUUUAUGGAACCAAACUACUACAGAUCUCCUUGGAUCCACAUUAGCAAUCCAAUGUGGCAUCAGUGAAAGAAUGGCUACAAUAAAGAGGACUGAGAGGUCAUUUGAAGUAAGAGAAUGGGUGUUCCUGAAGCUCCACACCUACAAGAAACAAUCUUUGGAAAAUAGGCAAAAUCAUAAACUGGGUGCAAAGUAUUUUGGUCCCAAUCAGAUUAUCAAGAAAAUAGGGACAGUGGCUUAUCAGUUAGCACUUCUUACUGCCUCAAAAAUUCAUCCAGUCUUUCAUGGUUUGUUAUUAAAGAAGAAGUUGGGUGACAGGGCAAUGGCGGUCCGUCAAUUACCUGAUGAAGGUCAGACCAAACUACCAGCACAUCAUCCACUGUCCAUCCUAGAAUCCAGAACUGUUACACACAGAAAUGGCUCCCCCAUUCAGUGGCUCAUUUAG